AUGCCGACCUUUCGGGAAGCCUUGUCGAAACAAGUGCGAGGGCCUAGCUCGAGAUCCAAGCUAGCCUGCGAGGAGUGUCGCAAGAGCCACGUCAAGUGUGAUCAAUCACGACCUUGUGCUCUAUGCAAGCGACGAGGGAUUGAGUGUUCCCUUGGUCAAGAGGUUGUUUUCACCGCGCUCGAGUUCAAAGCACCAGCAGGUUACCUGUUAGAGGAUUUUGCCUCCUCAAAGACAGUAAAAGAUCCAGCGACCUUUGUGGAUGAAACGCAAGAGGUCUCGGACCUAUACCAGGUCAUAAGAGCGAGCUAUGAGGCCUCGAGCGUCUCAUCAGACCAGCAUCAGCAUCUGUCGCCACGACCUGGACUGUCCGGCCACGCUAACCCCAUCACGGAUCCCAUUGACGCCUUUUUUCUCUGGCGAUACGUCGACUACAUCGGUCCGCGCUUUGACAUGUUCGAUGAUGCACCACGAUAUUUUUCGACAGUCGUACCGCAGCUUGCGCUAAACGACAAGCUUGUCCUGCUAGCAUGUGUCGCCGUUGCAGCCCGCCAGUACUCCCUCGUCAAUGAACAACAGCAACACAGUCACGAGCAAGCUUUGACAUACUACAACGCGGCUAUCAACCUACUGUCCAAGCGGCUACAAGAUAGCGGGCCAGAUUCUGCGGUAUUUGCGAGCUGUCUGCUUAUAGCUCACUGCGAGAUGGUCGAAAGCAAGUCCACGGAUUGGGGCCUGCACCUCAAGGGGACGGGAGAUCUUCUCAAGAUGCAUGGUUGGCACGGAACAAGCGGCGGUUUGGCACAGGCGUCAUUCUGGAUUUACUGCAGGAUGAUUAUCCUUGCCUCUCUCUCUGAUGGCAAGCUGGUAGCAUUAGAGCCUAAGGAAUGGAUCCCCGGCGGUGUAUUCCCUGAUCUGGCUACGUGGACGCUCGAAUCAUGGCAGAAAAAGGUCGUUUUCCUUCUCGGGAUGGUUCACGAUUUCUGGAGUCGCACUCCCGAUGUCACCGACGAACACGCGGCGCAACUUCACGCUGCCCGAUGGAAGGAGCUUGAAGCUGAGCUGGUGCGCCACCAGAGUCAAGCGCCAGCUGUGUGCUCACCUCUCAGUAUUCUACCUCCGAUUGGAGAGGACAAUCCCUUCCAGUCUGUGCGUUACUUGAACGGUCCCGUGUCCGCAGCAUGGCAAAUGCUGCAUACCGCGUUUCUCAUUCUCACCAUUUGCACGCCUUGCUCGCAGGCGUGUCGCCUCUCAGUGCUCUCCAGCCCAGACGUGACUCAAAAAGCACAGACCUACGCGCGCCAGAUUGUCGCCAACUCGCUGACGAAUCGAUGCUCCAUCGCAUGGGCGAAUGCCGUCCAACUUCUUACAAUUGCGGGUCAGUGUCUCGUGGUAGAGCCGGAGCGAAAUGCAUGCGUCCACAUUCUGCGAGAGAUUCAGCAACAAACAGGCUGGAACACGCGGGAAAGCGUCGAUAGGCUUGAAGCAGCGUGGGAGAAUAGUUGGAGGUAUGAGUCCGGUGGAAGGCACUCGGCAGUCAGACAAGUAGAUGCUGGCAAGCUGCUGUAUCAUAUUUGGCUUGGUGAGGCGAGAAGAUCAAGCUAA